AUGGAGCUGUAUGAGACAUCCCCCUACUUCUACCAGGAGCCCCACUUCUAUGAUGGGGAAAACUACCUGCCUGUCCACCUCCAGGGCUUCGAGCCCCCAGGCUAUGAGCGGACCGAGCUCAGCUUGAGCCCGGAAGCCCGAGGGCCCCUGGAAGAAAAGGGGCUGGGAACCCCUGAGCACUGCCCCGGCCAGUGCCUGCCGUGGGCGUGUAAGGUGUGUAAGAGGAAGUCAGUGUCUGUGGACCGGCGGAGAGCAGCCACACUGAGAGAGAAACGCAGACUCAAGAAGGUGAACGAGGCCUUCGAGGCCCUGAAAAGGAGCACCCUCCUCAACCCCAACCAGCGGCUGCCUAAGGUGGAGAUCCUACGCAGUGCCAUCCAGUACAUUGAGCGCCUCCAGGCCCUGCUCAGCUCCCUCAACCAGGAGGAGCGAGAUCUCCGCUACCGAGGCGGGGGCGGGCCCCAGCCGGUGGUGCCCAGUGAAUGCAACUCCCACAGCGCCUCCUGCAGUCCAGAGUGGGGCAGUGCACUGGAGUUCGGGCCCAACCCGGGAGAUCAUCUGCUUGCAGCUGACCCUACGGAUGCCCACAACCUGCACUCCCUCACCUCCAUCGUGGACAGCAUCACAGUGGAGGAUAUGUCUGUUGCCUUCCCAGAUGAAACUAUGCCCAACUGA